AUGAAAUGUGUUCUUUUAUCUGUAGCUGUUUUGAAGGAGAUAGUAGACAAAAAAGAAGAGUUGAUGUUCCUCACUGAUGAAGAUGGAAACACACCCCUUCAUUAUGCAGCGUUCACUGGUUAUGUGGAAGGUGUUCGUGAACUUUUAAACAAAUCCACCCUUGUCGCCUUUCAACGAAACUCAAAAAGUAAUCUUCCGAUUCACUUUGCUUGCGGUAAGGGCCAUAUUCAGGUGGUUGAAGAAUUGUUACGCGUACAAGGGCCUCGUGCAAGCUUUUCACUCAAUAAUGAAGGUCGAAACAUUCUUCACAUUGCAUCCAUGAGAGGAAAAAGCAAGAUGGUAAAAUACCUAUUGAAGCACCCGAAGAUCAAUUCCAAAACUGUGAAUGAGAAAGACCUGCUAAAUGGAGACACCCCACUGCAUCUGGCUUCAAGAAAGUUGUAUCUUUGGACUUUAGACCAUCUAUCACGAGACAAAAGAAUAAUAGUGAACCUUGUAAAUGACCAAGGUUUAACAGCUAUUGAUAUUAUCCGAAGCCAAAGUAAAUUUCCAAUGACUCGUAUAGAGUUUUAUAAAAGAUUACGACACGUAACCACCUACUUGCUUGAUUUGAUCACCUUGCAGCUAGGAGCAUGUAUGAUUCUAAUAUAUGCUGGUGCCUCACUCAAACAUAAUAAUAAGCUGAGACCAAAACGUGUAGUGAAUAAAGAAUGGAAUGAGAAUGAUGGGGCCAACACCCUCAUAAUUGUGGCCGUACUGGUAGCCACAGUGACAUUUGCUGCUGGUUUUACAAUACCAGGUGGGGUAUACAGUUCGGAUGACCCCGUCCCUAAAAAAAGAGGCAUAGCAGUAUUGAGUGAUCAAACCCUGUUUAAAAUAUUUAUGACUUUCAACACCAUUGCUAUGUAUUGCUCCACUUUCGGUACUAUUCUUCUUCUUUGGAGGCAUUUGCCUGAUCGACGUGUUUCAAUACGAGCAUAUCAUAUCUCCAAAAUUUUUGUCCAAUUGGCUCUUGGAACCAUGCCAGUGGCAUUUGUGGCUGCCAUACUUUUGGUUGUCAGAAAUGAUAGCUUUCUUGCAUAUCUUACAAGUAUCAUUGCAUUCAUCUUCGUUUUCGUUAUACUACUACUUGGCCUUCUAGGAUAUUUUCCUACGAGAUCAAUUAGCCUUCCAGUUUUCCGACAAGUUGGACUUCUUCUUCUUUGGUUUGGCAUUAUUUUAUUUUAUGGGAGUAAGGAUGGUGUAUUUUAUUUUGGUGAAAUCCCACAAGACGAUGACAACGCCACGCAAGAGAAGAACCGUGUCACCUAG